AUGAGGUCUCUGGUCUUUGCUCUGCUCCUUGGAGUUGUGUUUACCAAAAAGGAUGACAAAAUUGUUGGAGGGAAGGAAUGCAUGCCUCAUUCACAGCCCCAUCAGGUGUCUCUGAACUAUGGCUACCACUUCUGUGGUGGCUCCCUGGUCAACGAGAACUGGGUGGUGUCUGCUGCUCACUGCUACAAAUCCAAAAUGGACAUUGUCCUCGGUGAUCACAACCGUUGGUUCGUGGAUGGCAAUGAACAGAUCAUUUCUGCUGAACGCGUGAUCCCUCAUCCCAACUACGAGUCCUGGCUGGUUAACAAUGACCUCAUGCUGAUCAAGCUGAGCAAGUCCCCCACCAUCAACCAGUAUGUGCGGCCUGUGGCUCUGCCUACUAGUUGUGCCCCCGCUGGCACCACAUGCACAGUCUCUGGAUGGGGUGUGUUCAUGAGCUCCUCUGCUGAUAGUAACAGGCUGCAGUGCCUGGAAAUCCCCAUCCUGUCUGAUGAGGACUGUGACAACUCCUACCCCGGCAUGAUCACUGAGGCCAUGUUCUGUGCUGGAUACAUCAAAGGAGGCAAAGACUCCUGCCAGGUUGACUCCGGUGGUCCUGUUGUGUGUGACGGUGAGCUGCAGGGUGUUGUGUCCUGGGGCUUUGGGUGUGCGGAGAAGAACCACCCCGGUGUCUAUGCCAAGACCUGCAUUUUUACAGACUGGCUGCAGAGCACCAUGGCCUCUUACUGAAUCCAGUCCAAUCACUCUGCUACAGCGGUUUCUAUACUGCAAAAUCCUGUGUCAACAAGGACAUUGGGCAUUCAAAUAAAAUAGGUGUAACACCUGCAUUUUAAGUAUGCUUUUAGUUGGUAUCUUUCUCUGUCUUUCUGAUCUGCCUGGCAAAUCCACACGACGA